CUUAAACGACUGUCGUAAAGUGGCUCCCUUGCCUUCGAUCCCAACCUGCAUCCCGGGGAGCUUAUCGUGCAGUAUUAUGUUAGGUAGCUUCGAACAAUCACGCCUUUUAGACAGCCCUCUGAGACUUGACUGUACUUUCCUACCUUGCCUUGGGCUUGCAGAUUUCGUCUGGUAAUGAACGACCUGUCAACCCCGGGCCUUGUUGCUCAAACUGAGACGGGAGAACUAAAGAGCCCUGUCGGUCGUAUAUCAACCUCCGCGUAUUCAGACCUGUUCCCCCGCAGCAACGCCUCCCUGUUAGUACAAAGGCUUACCCCACACGCCAAUUUGAAAUGAACUCGAUGCCCUGUUGGACCCCUGGCCUCUCCCCAACUCUCACCAAGAGUACUAAUGUACUAGUAAUCUAAGCCCCCCCCCCCGCAAAUCUAACUGGUGUCCCGUUUGGGUCUGCCAGCUAGCCAGCUUGUGAUACCAACGCCCUAGUCUGCGUAGGUAUUUAGUUGCUGGUCGCCAAAGCUUUAAAGGUUUGGUGUUAUACGGCGUUCCAAACAAAGGACAAACAAACCCGACCGUCUUCUCCUGUCUCUGGCCUUCUUGCUUUCCGUCUCCACCCCUCCCCCCCUCCUUCGAGUUGUAACUUGGAAAGGAAAGAGAAAAGAAAAGGGAAGAAAGCUUAACGAUGCCGUCUUCCGAUAAUAGCGAUUUGCCCAAUAAGGCGACGGUGGAGGAGCUCGAGAAGGGCGGCGCGAUACAUGUCAGUUCCGCGGAGAGGAACCUGACGCGCAAAGUCCUAUGGAAGCUAGACACAAGGAUUUUACCCAUCCUCGCUGUUCUGUUCCUUUGCUCGUUCCUGGACAGGACUAACGUGGGGAAUGCGAAGCUGUACAACCUUGAGAAGGACUUGGACAUAACGGACCACCAAUACGACCAAGGUCUUGCAGUCUUCUACGCGACUUAUAUCCUGAGCGAGAUUCCAAGCAAUCUCAUUCUCAAGAAGCUGACGCCCCAAAUCUGGUUGCCAUGCCUGACCUUCUUGUGGGGGGUGUCCGCCAUGUGUCUCGGAUUCGUUCAGAACUUCUCUGGUUUCGUGGGCGUUCGCGCGCUACUCGGGUUGACUGAAGGCGGUUUACUGCCAGGAAUUGUUCUAUACUUGUCCACUGUCUAUACGCGAGGUGAACUCGCCUUGCGCAUUGGUAUUUUCUAUACGGCUGCGUCUUUAUCCGGCGCCUUUGGAGGAUUACUGGCUCGUGGAAUAGCUGAGAUAGGAACUCGAGGUGGCCUUAACAAGUGGAGAUGGAUUUUCGUGAUCGAAGGUCUAUUUACUGCUAUUGUCGGAAUCACCGCGUAUUUCAUCCUUCCUAACGGUGUCGGUACGGCGAGAUUCCUCAAUGAGGAGGAGCGCGAAUUCGCUGUCAAUCGCCUCAACGCUGCUAGCCAAGGUGAUGGUAGCAACCGUGAAAGGGAGGCCACCGAGAAGUUCUCCUGGUCCGAAGUACGCCGCGGCGUCUUUAGCUUGCAGACCUGGUUCACUGCUUCGGCAUACUUUGGUAUUCUCAGUGGACUUUAUAGCUUCGGACUUUUCCUGCCGACAAUCAUUACGGGGUUGGGAUAUACGGCGGACGAAGCCCAGCUAUGGUCCGUUAUUCCAUACGCAGUGGCCUCCGUGAUUACAGUCGUAACCGCAUUUAUCUCCGAUCGCUUCCGUGUUAGAGGAAUUGUCAUGCUUUUCUCGUUGCCGCUGGCGAUCAUAGGAUAUGCCGUGAUCGCGAACGUCGACAACGUCAAGGUCAAAUACGGCAUGACAUUUCUCAUGGCUACCGGUUUAUACAGCAGCGUGCCACCUGUUCUCGGUUGGCUCUCCAACAACUCUGCUGGUCACUAUAAGCGAGCGACGACUAGCGCCUUGCAGCUAGCCAUUGCGAACUGUGGUGGAUUUGUCGCCGUAUUUAUCUAUCCGAAAGCCCAAGGACCGGCAUACCACGAAGGCCACACCAUCAUUCUGGGAGUCUUGUGCGCUGGAUGGUUUUUGAUUCUUUGCAACGUGCUAUACUGCUGGAAGAUCAACGGGGACAAGGCCAACGGUAAAUACGACAAAUACCGCGGGUUCGGUGACGACCGUGACCCUACAUUUAAGCUAGUGCUAUAGAGAAUCAGCAAUUACCAAGUUGGCUAAGGGUGAAAGUACGGUGUUGGUGUAUAUGAUUUUUCAUGAGAAGCGGGUAGCAGGAUCGUUACGACGGGUAUUUGCUUUACAAAGCGGAAUCAAAUCAACUCGGUUUAGGUUGAAUGUGAAAAGUACCUAUAAAGGGAACACGGUCUUUUUUCGGGAGCCUUUUCAUGAUAUUUCAUUGAAUACCUGAGAGUCUCUCUGAAGUAUAUUUAUACCACAUUUUUUGACGGGCUCACGUAAACAUAUCAAUAUGAAACGAGGACGGCGUGUUUCCUUGGGAGUCUCGAGAAGUACUUGAAUAAUGAAAAUUAAGAUAUCAUUGAAUAUAUGACUUUUGACUAGUUGUCAAACUCUACG